GGCACUUCCCCUUUUCAUCGAAUCUCUCACAAAAGUCUCAUUACUAGUAACAAUUUGGAGAAAUUAUUGCCAUUAUAAGGUUUACUUGUAUAAUUAUAAGCAUCUUUUAACAUAAUCGAAGGUUUAUUUUGUUUUUCGACUCUGAUUUCGCAACUAUUGUGGAAACUCAACGAUAUAUUUAAUGGCGAUGAGUUUAAAUCAGAUCGGAGCUUUGUCUGGGACUCCAAUCUCAACCGAUUCAGGUCACACGGCGGGAGGAGAGUCAACAACAGCUGCAGUCAGUGCGUCCGCUGUAUGGAGAUCUCAACCGGCGAAUAUCCGUGUAUCGGUACAGAAACAAGGGGCGGAGAUGGACAGGUUGUCGCCGUCUCCACCGAUGAGUCCGGUGAGAGGCGGAAUGAGAGCGGAUCUGUCGGUGGCGUGCCAAGCGUUAAUGGAAGCUCCGACGGAGGAGGUGGUGGUGAGAGAGCAUCGAAGUGGUGGCGUUGGAGGUAAAGGGAAGGGGGUUCCGGUUUAUGUAAUGAUGCCGUUAGAUAGUGUUACGAUGGGGAACGGAGUGAAUAGGAGGAAGGCGAUGAAUGCGAGUUUACAGGCGUUGAAGAGCGCCGGAGUUGAAGGGAUAAUGAUGGAUGUGUGGUGGGGAUUGGUGGAGAGGGAGGCGCCCGGAGAGUAUAAUUGGGGCGGUUAUGCGGAGCUGUUAGAGAUGGCCAAAAAGCAUGGGCUAAAGGUACAGGCGGUCAUGUCCUUCCAUCAAUGCGGCGGAAACGUCGGUGAUUCCUGCACGAUUCCUCUUCCAAAGUGGGUGUUAGAGGAGAUCAACAAUGACCCUGAUCUUGCGUACACAGAUCAAUGGGGAAGAAGAAACAAUGAAUAUCUUUCCCUUGGUUGCGACACCAUCCCCUGCCUCAAAGGCAGGACUCCAAUUCAGUGCUACUCGGAUUACAUGCGUGCUUUCAAAGACAAAUUCAGUCAUCUUCUUGGUGACACCAUCGUGGAAAUUCAAGUUGGAAUGGGUCCAGCCGGAGAGCUUCGAUACCCAUCUUACCCGGAGAAAGACGGAGUAUGGAGGUUCCCGGGAAUCGGAGCCUUUCAGUGUUACGACAAGUAUAUGCUGAGUAGCUUACAAGCUGCAGCUGAGAGCUAUGGUAAGCCAGAAUGGGGCAGCACCGGCCCAACAGACGCCGGAGAGUACAACAACUGGCCGGAGGACACCAACUUCUUUAAAAAAGAAUCCGGUGGCUGGAACUCCGAGUACGGCGACUUCUUCCUCUCCUGGUACUCCCAAAUGCUACUAGACCACGGAGAAAGAAUAGUCUCCUCCGCGACUUCCAUUUUCAAAAACCUAGGUGUCAAGAUCUCUGUCAAAGUCGCCGGAAUCCACUGGCACUACGGGACACGCUCCCACGCGCCGGAGCUCACGGCCGGCUACUACAACACCCGUUUCCGAGACGGCUACCUCCCGAUCGCCAAAAUGCUUGGCCGCCAUGGCGCGGUUUUCAAUUUCACAUGCAUCGAGAUGCGUGACCAUGAACAGCCACAGGACGCACAGUGUUCGCCGGAAAAGUUGGUGCAACAGGUGGCUAUGGCUACCAGGGAAGCGGGGGUGGAACUCGCCGGAGAAAAUGCUUUGCCUAGAUAUGAUGAGUUUGCACAUGAACAGAUCUUGAAUGCGGCGUCGUUGUCCGAGAAUGAUGAGAUGUGUGCUUUUACGUAUUUGAGGAUGAAUCCUGAUUUAUUUCAUCCUGAGAAUUGGAGGAAGUUUGUGGGAUUUGUGAAGAAGAUGAAGGAAGGGAGAGAUGUUGACAAGUGUAGGGAGGAGGUUGAGAGGGAGGCGGAGCAUUUUGUGCACAUGACGGAGCCAUUGGUGCAGGAAGCUGCUGUUGCUCUUAUGCAUUAAAAUGGAUUUUUAAAGAUUUGAUAUCUUUAAAAUUACGUUAGUGUUUUAGGGUGUUAUGGUUGUAGAGGAUGUGUAAUUAGUAAGUAAAAAUAAAUGGUGGGUUUUUAUACAA